GCAGAUGCUCGCAAACACUCCCACAUACAAACGCGCUACAGCUGGAAGUCCACUUUUUUAACGAGGGAAGAGGAGUGUCGCUGUGUGAGAGUUGUAUUUUGCGCAGCGUCGAGUGGAAUUUGCUGGAGUUUUUGUGGAGUUUUGUCAAGUUUAAUCCUCUGAGGUAAUCUGGGAUUCAGCAGCGGGAAAAGAGAUGCGCUCGAGCGCUCACUUGACUUUCACUCUGUGAGGCGCAAACAGGUGAAGACUAGUGCAGGAAAAUAUUGUAGAGAUGAGUGGAGAGUUGAGACAGGAGGUGGUGACGACCCCUCCCCCUCCCAGCGUGGGGCAAAAAGAGCGCUACUUUGACCGCAUCAAUGAAAAUGACCCCGAAUACCUGCGUGCACGCAACAUGUCGCCUGACUUGCGACAAGACUUCAACAUGAUGGAACAGAAGAAAAGAGUCACACAGAUGCUACAAAGUCCAGCAUUUAGGGAUGAGCUGGAGGGUCUGAUCCAGGAACAGAUGAACAAGGGGAAUAACCCCGCAGGACUGCUUGCUCUGCGGCAGAUUGCAGACUUCAUGUCCAGCUCCGUGGCCGGAUUCUCCACCUCCCCCCUCAGUUUGGGCAUGGUGACCCCAAUAAACGACAUGUUCAGUAUGGAGUCCACUUCUAUGGUGAAGGGAGAGAAACAGACCCGCUGUAAACUGGCCAGCCUGUACAGACUAGUGGACCUGUUCAGUUGGGCCCACUUCGCAAGCUGUUACAUUACAGUUCGUGUCAGUAAGGAGCAGGAUCAUAUCCUCAUCAUCCCCAGAGGACUGUCCUUCGCUGAGGCCUCCGCGUCAAAUCUGGUGAAAGUGAAUAUUAUCGGUGAUGUCGUCGAUCAGGGUUCCACCAACCUGAAGAUUGACCCUGCUGGAUUCAGCCCUCAUGCUGCCAUCUACUCUAUGAGACCUGACGUGCGCUGCAUUGUUCACAUACGCACACCGGUUACUGCUGCUGUGUCAUCUAUGAAGUGUGGUCUUUUGCCCAUCUGUCAAGAGGCUCUCAUAUUGGGUGACAUCGCUUACUACAAUUACCAAGGCAGCCUGGACGAGCAAGAUGAGCGCAUAGAGCUCCAGAAAGCUCUUGGACCCUCAGCAAAGGUGUUGGUUUUGAGGAAUCAUGGGGUUGUUGCUCUCGGGGAGACCAUUGAAGAGGCCUUUCACUACAUUUACAAUGCUCAGUUUGCCUGUGAGAUUCAGGUGAAAGCGUUCUCAUGUGCGGGGGGAGUGGAGAACCUGAUCGUGUUGGAUCUGGAGCAGUAUAAAUCCCGGACGCAGGUGGUAGCAGAAGCCGGAAUCAACAUGGGCUCUCAGCACAAGUGGAGACUGGGAGAGCUGGAGUUUGAGUCGCUCAUGAGAAUGCUGGACAACCUGGGUUACAGGACAGGCUACACAUACCGACACCCCAUCGUGCGGGAGAAGCCACGCCACAAGAGCGACGUGGAGAUUCCAGCGACGGUAACUGCAUUUAUGUUUGAUGAUGAUGAAACUCCACGCUCCCCUCUAAAGUUGCAACAACAGAGACAGCAGAGAGAGAAAACACGUUGGCUCAAUUCACCCAACUGCUACAUGAAGGUUAACGUAUCAGAAGGAGCUAGCGAGGAGAACGGACGCACCAAGACCAUGUGGAUGAAGUCAGACGAAGGGAGUAACACCAGCGGGACUCCAAUCCGCAUUGAAGAUCCCAACCAGUUUGUCCCUCUGAACACAAACCCCAGUGAAGUCCUGCAGAAGAGAAAUAAGAUCCGUGAGCAGAACCGGUUUGAUAUGAUGACAGCAGGCCCACAGUCACAACGGCUGGCAGGAAUCGUGGUGGAAAGACCGCUGCCGUACAUGGGUGAUGACGAGGAACAGACAGGCCCUCUCCCUCCAAACCCCUUCAGCGAGCUCUGCGAGAAAGAGAUGGAGGAAUACCAAAAACGAGUAGAACGGCAGCAUCUCGGCCUAGACGAUGAUGAUUUCGAGCAGCUCACAUCAGACGAUGCUUCCACACUGUCUCAGUCUGUGUCCCAAACUCAGUCUCCACAAAACACUCCAGCUAAAGAAGAGAACCACACCGGUGUGCUGCUGAAUGGUAAAGACGACCACGAGGAUGAGCUCAUCAAGCGUGUGAGUCAGCUGACCACCAGCGUGGAAAGCGUGGAGAUCAGCGUGCGCUCGGGGGAGAAGAUCGAAGAGGCCCUGACGCCUGAGAGCUCACCCUCCAAAUCUCCCAACAAGAAGAAAAAGAAAUUCCGAACCCCGUCGUUCCUGAAGAAAAACAAAAAGAAAGAGAAGGUCGAAGCUUAGAGAGAAAAAGAAUUCAUGCCCAUCAUGUCUGUCUGUCGUUCAAUGUUUUAAGUUGUCGUUUUGAAUUUUAAUUGGUUUGUUUAAAAAAAAACAAAAAACAUUUAGUCAAACAUGGCACAUUUUUUUGGGGGGGGUCAGUGGUGGGAGUGAAUAGAUGGUGUAAUGCCCAUGUGUAGCAUGUGCCAUGUUUGAAUGGUCAUGAAAAUGGGAGCUGUUUUUUUUUUUAAAUGGAAAGCAAUGAAUGAAACUCAUAGUAAACUGGCUCCUCACCUUAUGGAAAGACUGAAAACAGAUGUAGUCCUAAUGAUUUUAAUCUCAUUGAUGAGCCCAUAGUGCGUUGUUUAGUUCUGUUAUGCUGAAUGUUUUUAAGUUGAGCAUACAGACCCUUUUAUGAGCCCCUUUUCUUGCUGCCACGUCAUCUCAUGAUGUCAGUUUUGCUUGCGUUGUUUUUCCGCUGUAGGUGGAUGGUAGGUGUAAUUGGUUACACUACACAGGAGACGCUUAAAAAUCACACUGGAAACUGUUCUGGGAUUAUUUUAACAGGGUUUGUUUUAUUUUUUAUUUUAUGUUGUCUGUAUUUGUUCAAGAAAUGGGUCUAAAAUUAGCACGAGAUCAGCAGCCAUGAGCUGCAUGUGUGAUAAUCCUGUGUAGAGCCACUCCAAUAUCCUCUCUGUGCUGGUCUUUGCCAAACAAAAAGAUGUAAAAGCAACAAACAAAAAAAAAAAGCAAUCACGUUUUAGUGAACUGUAAUCUUGUCCAUCUUUUCUCACAUUUUGAUUUUGUAGAUUCAUCUCUUUAUAUGAAAUCUUUUUUUUUUAAAUUGAAACCAUUUCGUUUUCAUUCAGUUUUGUACUCAGUUUCUAUACUUUAACAAACGAAAAAAUGACAUUUUGAUGCAUGUUUUGCUAGAGUAUGAACUUAUAUGGCUGCUUAUGUAGAGGUGCCUAAAUUCUUCAAUCAUGUAAUAACUCAGAUUACUAAACACAUGUAACAAAAAAAUAUAUAUAUGAAAACUGGAGUGAUGUUAAUUAUAUAUAAAUAUAUAAUAUUUUUGUGCUGCA